CACCUCCGCACAGAGACACCAUGCAGACCUGCUCGGCUCUCCUCCUCCUCCUCUUCAUCACCACCGCCUCCUGCUUCGACCUGGUGCCCGAGGAGGCCGCUCCCCGCCGGGCACGCUUCUCCGCCAACAGCCCCACUGAUGUGGCUCGAUGUCUGAACGGCGCCGUGGCUGUCGGCUGUGGAUUCUUCUCGUGUCUGGAAAACUCCACCUGUGACACCGACGGGAUGCACGAGAUCUGCGAACUCUUCCUCCACACAGCUGCUACCUUCAACACCGAGGGUAAAACUUUUGUCAAGAAGAGUCUGCACUGCAUCUCCCAGGGGAUCACCGCCAAAGUUUUCCAGACGAUCCGCCGCUGUAACAUCUUCCAGAGGAUGAUCGCUGAGGUACAAGAGGAGUGCUAUACCAGCCUGGAUAUCUGCACCGUGGCUCGAACAAACCCUGACGCCAUUGGAGAGGUGGUCCAAGUGCCCACACAUUUCCCCAACAGGUACUACAGCACGCUGCUGCAGGUCCUUCAGGGCUGUGACGAGCAGACGGUGGCGGCGGUGCGAGCCGGCCUCAUGGCCCGUUUAGGCCCCGACAUGGAGACUUUCCUUCAGCUGGUCCAGAACAAACCCUGCGUCCCCGGCUCCAACGCCGCCGCCUUCAACAACCCCUCCAGCUGGAGGAACAUGCCUGUGUUCAACAUCCAGCCUGGCUUCAGAGGCCGAGACCCCACCCACCUCUUCGCCAAGAGGUCUGCGGACGAUCUGGAGGGCGGAGCCACAGCGGAGAACUAGAUAACACACGGAGAAAACGCUAUCACGCACACGCACAAUCCUGAAUGUUUCCACGUACGCACGGCGACACUAACAUGCUUAGAGAGCUUUAGAUGUUGAUUCUGGGUGAUAAGUCAGCUUUGAUGGUGUGCAGUCAUGUUGAAGAUGUUACUGAGGAAACUGUUAGAGGUAUUUGAAGAAAGAAAACGUGAUUAUAGUAGAUAUUUAUUUUCUAAAUGAGUUAAUUUAUGAGGCUGUUAUAUUUAAUGUAGAGAGAGGAGGCUGAGGAGCUCAGAGGGUGCUCCAUGCUGGUCGUGGAGAUCUUCAUGACUCCUGAUUGGAGAUCUUUAUUGGUCUGGGAUCAUUUUUGUUAAAUGACAUGCAGGAACAAAAAUCUGUGAGCCGACUGGGCCGGUUUUUGUUUGAAAUAAAUGAAAUCAUAAGACUGA